AAUGUACCAAUAGCAGCGCUGCUAUUUGUGUUUUUGAAUCAAACGCGGUUGAUGGCAGCUUAGUACAAGAUUUGUUUACUCCGUUCUCGUCUCCGUUGAAACUGGUUGAAGUUAGCUGGUAACGUUUAGAAGGUAGUUUUCUGAGAUUGUCAGAGCAAUGUCCUCCAGAAGGUCCAGUUCCGAAGGCUUGCUUUCCAGCCGGUCCAGAGAGCGUACCCCUCUGAGAAGUCUGGACAAUGAGAUUCUACACUUGUCAACUCCAUCAUCGAGGCUGAGAUCAAAAUCACAACUCAGCAGUGAUGCUGUAAAAAUGACAAUGGAUGAUGUUCCUCCUAGUGAACGAAAGCCCCAGUUAUACUCGCCUCCAUCCACCAAAAUGAUGCAAACCAAUCCUCCAACAACUGAUACAACUACUGAGCCUGCUUGUGGACUUUCAAAUAUAACAUUUAAAUCCUUCACUUGUGCUGGUGGUGAAGUUGAGAUAUUAGACUCUUUACUGCAUGCAGAAGAGAGUAUUAUUUUGCCUAAAGACCAGAGUACAUGUAACACUGAAAUGGAAGAUACCAUCAUCACUCACAGUGUGAUAAUGCAGUCAUGCUGUGAACACAUCGAGCAUCCCUACCCCAUUCUUGAGAAAAACGAUCCUGACUCUGUUAACAUCAGUGCGCCACAUCCCUGUAAAAAUGACAGCACUACACAGGCUUCUUGUGACCUGGAUGAUUUUGACCAGGAGUGUCAAGACGAAGAUGUUGAUCACCCAUACUGUAGUAAUGACAGUGAUGUUCCUGACAUCAACACCUUCUCUGAGACGACAGAGAGUUCAGAAAAACCUGCUAAUGGACUGACCGAUGUAACCUUUAAAUUAUUAAACUGCACUGGAGGAGAGAUUGAAAUUUCAGAGGACACCAACCUUGAACAAGAGUCUGUUCCUCUACCAGCUAACCACGCUGUUACCAACAGUGAGUCACAUGAUUUUGUCUUGGAUUCAAGUGAACUAGCUUGUGACUAUAAUUUACAAAAUGACAUCAAUCAUUUUGAUCACCCUUACUGUAAUGUUCAGAAUGAUUCAUCACCUCCACGUGGCAGCCUUUUAACUGCCCAGGAAGCAUCAGCACACAAUGCUGAUGAUGUAGGAGUCAAACAGAUAAGCCAGGUGGUAUCUGAUAGCCAGGCUGACAGCCAAGAAGGUGCUACAGUCGACUGUUUUAUUGCAGCUGAAGAUGAAAAAUUAGAUGAGACCCAAUUGUUAAAGAAGAUGACAUCCCUUCUACCUGACAACCAGAUUGUAAUCUGUCCCCUCAGUAAAAAUGGUGCAUUCACUUCCAUUACACAUGAUCACUUUCAUGGUGACUUUGAGAAAGCUAACAGCCUCUUGGAAAAUGACACAAGUGUUGUAGAUACUGACCCAGCAGCUGUUAGCAGAUCUUCAGUGGAUAAUGAAUCUUUAAAAGCUUUGGAUACUGAAAAAGGUAACUGUAAAGAAAUGCCAAAGUAUACAGUAAAUCCUGAGGAUAGUGUAUUGCCUCUGAUGGUUCAGAAUUUUCAGAUUUCUGAGUGCAGCCAACUUGCAUGUUCAUCAGAGAGUGCUUCAGCUGUGGAAAUGCAGCAGCAGCAGCAAGUGGAACAUGUCUCUCAAGUGAACUCCUCCAGGAAACCUUCUGAAUCCAGUGAAGAACAAGACAGUGCCAUUGGCUCAUCUGGAAAUGGUCCUGCUCUUUGUAACUCUGCAGAAAAAUCUCCUGCAGAGAACUUUACUGAUGUACUGAAAGCCCUCUCAGCAUGUCCCUCGGUUGCCUCAGCUUUGCAGUUGGGAAUGUUUAGUCCUGUUGUCAGGAGAGCUUCUCUGUCUUGUUUAAAGGCUUGUGGGGAUCCAGCUCAAGGCAAGUUUGCCACUGAUGAGUCUGCUCUUGAGGUUGAGAAAACAUUGUUGGCUCCACUUAACAUCGACCUCUCUGGGUUAUGGGUGGAGCAUUUGGAAAGCCCUAUGCCUCGUCCUCUGCUAAACUCCACAGCAGUAGGUCACAAGCCCAGACCAAGCCCACACAGGGAGCCAGUUAAGGAUUUGGGACAUAAAGUCUGUGCAGAGCCUCAGACCGAAGUUGAGAAACCAGUGCUGAAUUUUCCAUUGAUUUCCGAUGGUCCGCUUCAGCAGCAACUUCGGCAGAUGGCAGAGUUCCUCAUGUUGGCAUCUGGAAAGAUGGGCCCCACUGUUGUUUCUGCUCCUGCUCCACCUCCUGCUCCUUCAGUCAGAGAUACUCCUGUAGAGUCCAUUAGUGUCUGUGUGGGCAGUAGUCCUGUGAAACUGGUUGACCACAGCCUCAAUACUUCCGGCCUGUUUGAGAGGAAGAGAGAAUUCUCUGUGGCUGAUUCCUGCACUGUGACUGACCCUCUCCUAUGGAAUUUACCUCCUGGCAGCCUGGAGUGCCUCCCCAGACAGGAGCUGGAACAGAGGCUAAGGUCUAGCAUGAUCAUGGUUGAGGCCCUGGUGCAACAGUUGGCUGCAGCAAGAGCACAAGGAGGUCCACCUGCUGGCCCUGCUCCUUCAGACCUCAGAGAGAAACAAGUGCAGACAGAUCACACAGAACUCAGUCAGACCACAAUGUAUAGAGAGCUGUAUAUGGAGGCUUUGAGCAGGAUUGGGGAGUUGGAGUUUGAUGGAAGUUCUCUACAAAACCUCAUCCAGUGUCUGCAAGACAUGAGGGUCACCAUGACGUCUUUGAGAAGUGACACGGACACUGCUCUGACUAACAUGAAUGAAAUAGGUGAUAUAGUUAAAGAGGACCAUCGAAGCCUUGUUUCACAUUAUGGGCACAUGACGUCUCUAUUUGAGAAAUCAAAGGAUAUACAGAGCAGGAUGAUGCAGAAGGUCAAAGAAGCUCUUCAUCAGAGAAAUGACAUGAGGACUCAGAUGGAGGAAGCCUUCACAGCCAAGAAGACAGCUUUCAGUGCUAUGGAACAGCUGAGGACACACUGUGCCACAGAAAUUUCACUUCUGGAGAAGAGUGUGGGGUCUCAGCAAGAACUGUUGGCCGCCCUUAACCUGAGCUAUCCAGAACUGGUUGGAUUAAACAAGGCCUAUAAUGAAACACUGAACUCUGCUUCAGAUCUUUUGUCUGAAACCACAGAUGAACAGUCCACUUUGAUGAAGGAGCUCUUCACGGUCAGAAGCCUUCUCCAGAAAACUGCUCCCAUGCUCCUGAAGCUGAAGGAUAAGGCAGCUGCUGCUUUGAGAGAGAGGGAUGAGCACAUUUCUGUGAGAGACCAAGCUAUUACAGAACGAGAGCAGAUUGAAGAAGAAUUGAAUGAAACUCAUUUGAAUUUCCAAGCUGCCAGAGAACAGAUUGGGGAUUUAAAUCUGCAGGUGACAAUUCUGACAUCAGAAAUGGGUGUGCUGCGACAGAAGCUAACAGAAAAGGAGGAGGAGACGGGCCAGCUAGAAAGGAAGGUGACCGAGCUAUCUGCCACAGUUUCCUCCACGUUGGCAUCCUACACUUUCUUGGAGCAGGCCCUUACUGCUGAGACUACCAAGUUGCAGCAGUCAUGGAAAGACAAACAAGAGGCUAAAGAUCGAGCAAAUGAGUUGGAGGUGUCACUGAGUCAGUCAGAGCAGCAUGUGUGUGAGUUGAGUCAGGCUCUGGCUCAGAGUGAGGAGCAGCGCAGUCAGCUGCAGUCCCUCUCACACUCUCAGAGUCUGCAGAUCCAGGAGCUCCAAGAUGUCUGCACACAGCUCAGGGGUGUGCAGGAAAUGAACGAGUUCCUACAGAUGGAGAAUGAGUUGGCAAGGGAGCAGAUGGCUGAAAGUGAGGGUACGCUGAGGGAAAACCUGCAGGGCCUUCGGGAGAGGAACAUCCAGUGUGAGGACCUGAAGAAAGAAGUUUGUCAACUUAAGCUUGAGAACAGGAUUUUGCAGGAGGAACUUGAAACCACCAGGUCUCGAGCCAGGUCAGCACAGUUGGAGCUUGAAGAGAAGAUGGCUCAGGCGGUCACUGAAAUCACUUUGCUCCAUCACACACUGAGGGGACUGACCAAUGAGCUACAUGAUGACCUUAAUGAAAAGAAACCACAACCCCAGAAGUAUGAAGAGUCUCAAUCAGUCUGCAAUGUGGAGCGUUGUCUCCCCUCUGCCUCCUUUGUUGACAGCAUCAUGGGGGCAUUAACUGCUGAGAAAGUGGAAGAAGUCAAAUCAGAAACUCCUGCUGAAUCAGCCCCUUCAGACACACCUGAGCCACAGCAAGAAGCUUUAUUCAAUGAGAUGAGUGCCUUCACCCGCAUCACGGCCAUCACCCCUAAAAAGAAUACGAACACAGUCGAGAUUCAACCAGAGGAAGAGGAGCAGAGCGACAUGGCAAAGCUGCUGGCUGACCUGGGCAGCACUGUCACAGAGCUCAUCAGCACGCUGAAGCUGGUGCAGCAGCGCAAAGACGCUCAGCUGGAGGAGCUGCACAGCUCGACCUGUGGCCUGCAGGUGGAGCAGCAAGCUGCAAAGAACAGACAUGAAGCUGAGGUUUUUGAGCUCAAGCAUCAACUGAGACGUCUGAAUCACCUGGUUGAGAAGGGAAAUCAGGCUCUGCAGCAGAAAGCUCAGGGUGAGAAAACUCUGGCUACAUUGAUGGUUGACAUACAGGAGACCCAGGAAAUCCUAAAUAAACACAAGACUGACAACAAUGAAUUGAGAAGGGAUGUGACUGAGCUCCGUCGUGCUCUCCAGCAGUCGAAGGUGGAGUCUGAAUUCCUGCGGGAGGAACUGAGGAAAGCUGGGGGCCAGUCGGCAAAUCCAGAACAUUUCAUGGAAGAGAACAUCCAGUUAUUGAAAGAGGUGGAGAGGCUGAAGGCCAGUCUGCAGGAAGCGGAACAGGCCAAAGUCAGAAUCCUCGAAAGAGCUAAGAGACACCAAAUCAUCUAUCAGAGCAACCAGCAGAAAAGCGAGAACGAGCUUCAGAUAUUAAACAACAUGAUCAACAAAGUUCGGGAGACCUUGUUGUCUUUGCCAGCAGUUGUGAAGAACUGUGAACCUCUCCAACAGCUUGUUGAAUACAUUGGCUGACAUGUUUUCCUCGUGUGUUGUAUUUAUGUUUUAGUUUGUUUUGGUUCUAAAUUGUCUUGGUUCUAAAUUCUUAUCGUGAUUAAAAUAAAAUUUUAAAACUCU